AUGUCACAAGUUACUCGACAAGAGUCAAUAUUUCAUAGCCUUACUUCUGAAGCUGGUUUAAAGUUGAAAGGCAUUGGAGAAGGACCACAUGAAUUAGGCAAGCUAUUAAAAAGUGAAAUUGAGCCUUCAGCUUUUCGACGCGAACUUAGUCAAAAAAUUUUAUCUCAUCCGCAGUAUCCGGAUCCAAUUAUUAAUCAAUUUUUAGAAGUAUUGCAAGAGCUAUUUGAUGAAGAUCCUGUACAAUUUAUUGCAUGCUUACAACCUCUUUCGGUGAAUGGUCAAUCAAGAUUCGGUACCACGGCAGAUAGUUUGGUUAGAAUUCUAUUGGGCAUCGAUUUUAUUCAAUCGAACUUAAUUGAUCAAUUACUGGAGAGAUUACCAACAUUCAUUUCAGACUCAGAUAAUGAUAAUGUUGAAUCUCCAAUUCCCCGACUAAUACUACAACAAUUGAAAUGGCUGGAAUAUACGGUUAAUCCUCUUCGAUUGGUAGAUAAGAUAUUGGAGAUGAUUCCCAUCACUCCUUUAGGUAUUCAAAGAGAAAUUAUAACAAGUUUACCUGAAAUCAUUAAUGAUUCGGAACAGAAUACGGUUAUCCAAGCUCUGAUAGAACUGAUCGAUCAAAACCAUCGGUUAAUAGUCCCAAUUCUUGAUGCUCUUUCCAACUUUACAGUUCAAGGAGAUUAUAUGAAUAACGUUCGGGAAACGGUCUUUGAUCGACUCGAUUCAGCAGACUUGGAAGAUUUGCCUCUUGUUGUCAAAUUCUUGCUUCAGACAGCUACCUCUGAAGAUGCUAAUGAAAUCGUGAGGCAAAUUAGAGAAAAAGUCGAUUUUCGAUCAAUUGGGAGAUUACAAAAUGAAGCCAGUCAAUCGAAGCGUAAUCAGAAAAAGAAAAAAGAGAACAUUCCCGAAUCCUUAAUUCUUGAUUCAAUCAAAAAUGGAAUUCAAUUUCAUAAAUUCGUUAUGGACGCAUGGAUUAAAGUCAUUAACGAUGUUAAAGUGCCGGCAAAUCACAUGAUUAUUGACAUAUUAAUUUUGCUGAUCAUGCAUUCCAUUCCGGGUAUAAAAAAAAAAGUUGAAAAUAUCUUUCGUAAAAAAAUUGAAAGUGGUUUAUUCACCAGAAAACUUUUGGAAGAAACCAUCGCGUGUCAUUACGAAGGCUUGCAAGGAUAUUUUAAUAAUAUUAUUUCACUAUCAGAAAGUCUUCUUCGAUCCAGUCAACAACAAGCAACGUUAGCACGGGCAGCUUGUUCACUAUAUCAUAGUACAUUCAUAGUAUUCGAAACUUAUGAACAACAAGAGAUUGUAGUCUCAUUAGUAACGCAUAUAGGGAGUGGCUCAAAUACUGAGACAGAUUCUGCGUUAUCGGUGCUUUCACAUCUUGCUGAAGCGACUCUCGCAAAAUUAAGUCGAUUCGCAAUUUUUGUGAAAGGGAUCUUAGAUUAUUUGGAUAAUUUAUCAGUGGAUCAGAUAAGAAUACUAUUCGACGUGUUAAGUAAACUAGUAUAUGAGGAUGCUAACUAUGAGGAUGGUAGCAGUAGUUUGCUUUCCGAAUUUUCAAUUGUUAUUCAGAAACAAUUGUCGAAUUCUAGCGAAAAAUAUAAACAAAUUGGAGUCAUUGGAACUUUAGCUUUAGUGAAAACUCUGGGUGCUAAAGAAUUGAGUUCAAAUGAUGCUUCAAAAAGGAACUUGCAAAAUCCUUUCUUAAAUGUGAUACAAGAAAAUCUUACAAAGAUUGAACGACAUUGUGCAAGAUCAAUGGCUUGUCUUGCCUUUGCGUAUGAUGAGCUUGCCUAUUAUGUUACUCGUGAUCUUUUAGAUAAAGAACUUGUUAAUUGGAUCAAUGAGAAUUUGGCUUCCCCAUUUCAAGAUUUAUUUAUAUUAGAUAAUGAUGAUGUAUCAGUUCAUAUUAAGGAAUCUUAUCAUUUUCCAAGGAUUUCUAUCGAACCUUGGAUGAACUUAGAUGGUGAAUUAGUUAACAAUAUAUAUCCAUUAUUAUGUGAACCUUAUAUAUCCGCGGAUGUACGUACCAAUCUUGGUAUAAAACGCGAUUGGAUAAUAUGCUCUUGUUCAAUGUUUAAAUUAUGGCAAGCAUGUGAAAAGGCCAGUAAUAAAGGAGCAUUAGAAAAUAUCGAUGCUUUAUUGGGUAUGGGAAUUCUCAUGUACGAAAAACAGACAGCCGACCAUAUGAAAAGUAAUAAUUAUACGAAAUUAAUGUUCGAAACUACCUGUAACUCGUUAUUUUACGCAAUUAACUGGUUUCGAGAGAUCGUUAACGCAUUUUGGGGCCAGCAUGACUUUGAUAAUGUGACUUGUAAGAAAGUUAUAACAAGGCUACAGAAUAUAAAUGAAUUGGAGAAUUUAUUGACCGAGUUAUUAGAAGUAGCUCCAACCUUUCAGCCCUUUGGAUUUGGAGUUCCUACACAAAAAUCGGUUACAAAAAUUAGAGCAGUUUCCAUACCAGUUAAUUCUUCCCAAAGAAAUCUUAUUAGAGUAGGUAAGACGGCAAGGCGAUCAGCUAUUAGUAAAGGAAAGAUAUUAAGUGCUCAUGAACUUAAAGAUAAGGAACCUAAGGAAGGCUCCGAUGAUAUAAUUCGAUUACAACCAAAGGAGAUUAUUUACCUUCUUGAAGAUCUGGAUCGAAAGCUUGAGCACAAAUUAUCUGCACCAAUAACAAAUAUACCUUUUUUUGCCAAAAAGUUGAAAAAGAACGAGAUUAAUACAAAAUCCAAGGGAUUUAGCUUAAUUUCGCGACAAUCUGCGUUAGAGAUUGUCAAUACAGUCUCUGAAAAAUAUUUACCGAUUCUUUUAAAUCAAUUUGAAUCUAUAUGCGACUUACUAGACCCAGAUAAUGACGUCUUAUUGGAGAAAGAUGAGGAAAAUGAAGCCAAACGGUGUCUUGAAUUAUUACUAGAAAUCAUGCUUCGACUAGUUUCAUGGUCUGAUUUAAAAAGUCCGGAUAAUGUACACACGUUACUCAAUGUUUUGAAUCAAAUUUCUUCAAGGGGCGAUUCAUCUUCUGAAUCCACGACGUCAUUGACACAACACGAAAUUCUUCAAAUUUCUACCAAGGACGCAUUUAAUUAUUUACUUAAAUUUUCAUCAAAACUUCCAACUGCAAAUUUGGCAAUUUUGUUCCAUAAAAUACUUUGCAAGAUUAAUGAAUUUUCACCUGAUACAAAUGAACUGUCUGCUAAAUCUGGAGAUAUCGCACGUUAUUUCGCAACUUAUCAAUGGCAGGAUCGAAAACAAAUGAAACCUGCUUCAAUCGUAUAUCUUAUACAACAAGACAUUCAUUAUUCAAUAGAUAAAAUAGAGAGAAUCAAAUAUUAUGCCGAUUUGGUUCUUCCCUCUCUUGAAAAUUGUGAGGAGGAAGUAUUGCAAGCAAAUCCAUUAUUUAGUAAGGAUACUUUCCAGCAUUUUUAUAAGGCCUUAUCUAUAGAGUUGAUUGAAGCUUUACGGGAGUUUGAGAUGAACAAGACUACGGAAGAAAUUCUGGUACAAUUUACCAACAUGGUUUAUUGUUGGCAAAAGUUAGUUUCUUUUAUAAAGAAAAAUCAUAAGCGGACUAUACUCUCCGUGAUAUUAAGAUAUGGUCGGGGAUUUAUUGACUUGUUUGUUAAAAAAAUGUUACCAUUCAUGGAUGAAAGUUUCAAGUUACAUCGAGAAACUAUAUUGGUAAUUUUUAAAGACUUCCAAAGUGCAACUCGAAAUAUUCAAACACUUUGCACUCAUGUGAAGGUGGUUAAAGAUACUAUGUUGGCGGCAAUGGUUCCAGCUGUAAAGAAAUCUUUAGAAAUAGUAAUUUACCAAGUUAAAGCUAUGCUGCAGCAUAAUGAACUCCCUCCUGAAGCAUUUUUCAUGGGAGCUCUUAAAUGCCGUGAUCUUGAAGGAAAUGUAAUUGAUCCUGAUAUGAAGACAGAUGAGAAUACAAGAGACGAAAAUAGCACAAAGAAAACAACUCCUUCACAAUCGGAUGAUGUAGAAAUGGGAGAUGGUUCUUCAUUUGAAAAGAAUGAAAGUCAUAAAUCUGAUGAAGAAAUGGAUAAUGUGUCAGUCGCAAAAGCUGAUUCAAUAAAUUCCGAUGAUGAACAGUACAUAAUUGACCUCUUAGAUGAUUAUAAUGAGGAAAAAGAAUUAGGGAGCAUUAGCAAAAAGGGUAGCAAGCACGUUUUGUAUUCAGCGGAAGAAGAUAAUAAUGUCGAUGAGAAUGAAGAUUCCGAAAGUAAUAAUAAUAAUAGUCGGAAAAAAUCACGAACAUCAAAUUCCAAAUCAACACGACGACCAAGGAAAAACAGUUAA